AUGGCGCAGCCGCAAACCCCAGCCACGGCCACGGCCACGGCCACGGCAACGCCGAUCCACCGCGUCACCCUGUUCAAGAUUGCGAGCAACGACGACCAGCAACGCCUGCUGCAGCUGUACCAGCAGAUGCCGACCAAGGCCCUCAAGCACGGCAAGCCCUACAUCCGGUCCGUGGUGGCUGGCCCGGCUGAGCCGGACCAGCGCGCGCAGGGCUUCACCUUUGCCGCCGUCUCCGUCUUCAGCUCGGCCGCCGACAUGGCCUACUACGACGGCGAGUGCGCCGCGCACGCCGAGCUGCGGGCGUUUGCGAGGACGGUGCACAGCGGUGCAAUGGUGGUGUUUUUCGAGAACCGCCUGUAG